AUGCAGCCGGAAAACUUGUUGCUGGAUUCUGCUGGAAAUCUGAAAGUUUCUGAUUUUGGAUUAAGUGCCUUGUCACAGCAAGUCAGCGAUGAUGGUUUAUUGCACACCACUUGUGGAACUCCAAAUUAUGUUGCUCCUGAGGUCCUGAAUGAUCGAGGCUACAAUGGAGCAACUGCAGAUCUGUGGUCAUGUGGGGUUAUACUUUUCGUGUUGCUUGCAGGUUACUUGCCUUUUGAUGAUUCUAAUCUUAUGAACCUAUAUAAAAAAAUAUCUUGCGCUGAAUUUACCUGUCCUCCAUGGCUUUCCUUUGGUGCCAUGAAAUUGAUUGCACGAAUCCUGGAACCAAAUCCCGAGAAACGCAUCACGAUUUCGGAAAUUCGAGAGGACGGGUGGUUUAAGAAAGACUAUAAACCACCGGUGUUUGACGAGACAGAAGAUGCCAAUCUGGAUGAUGUGGAAGCUGUAUUCAAGGAUUAUGAGGAAUAUCAUGUGACAGAGAAAAAGGAGGAGCAGCCUGCUGCCAUGAAUGCCUUUGAGUUGAUUUCAAUGUCAAAAGGUCUCAAUCUCGGGAAUCUAUUUGAUAUGGAACAGGGAUUCAAAAGGGAGACGAGGUUCACAUCUAAAUCCCCAGCCAGCGAGAUAAUCAGCAAAAUCGAAGAAGCUGCUAAACCUCUCGGUUUUGAUGUUCACAAGAAGAAUUACAAGAUGAGGCUCCAAAAUUCAAAAGCUGGAAGAAAAGGCAACCUUAAUGUCGCCACUGAGGUUUUUCAAGUGGCCCCUUCUCUGCAUAUGGUUGAGGUUAGGAAGGCAAAGGGAGAUACUCUAGAGUUUCAUAAGGACAGAAAUAGUAAACAGUUCUAUAAAAACCUGUCGACUUCCCUGGAGGAUGUAGUUUGGAAAACCGAGGAUUGAUGCGAAGAAGUACCCGUUUUCUUACAACUGUUGUAUAAUGGCUAUUUUCUCAUUGUUUCUUUUGAUUCUGUUGUACUUUUAUUCUUUCUUUUUCUUUUUUUUUGG